CAGAAGCCCACGCGCCCCACCGGUUUUCCCAUAGUUCAUUACUUCUGUUUCUUUCUUCCGUUACUUUAGCUUGUCCAAGAUGUCGUUAAUGGAUGGCGCAUUGAACGUGUUCGGCACGAGAACAACUGGCGAGUCCGUUCGUUCUCAAAAUGGUGAGCUAUUUUGUUGUUGCAGUUUAUGCUAUUUGUGUGCUUAUCGGUCUUGGAGGGCGCUUUGCAGGCGGGAUUUAUGGUUACUUAGAACUCCGCACCACGUGCUGAAAAAUAAGAUGCAUCGUUUCGCAUCUUCCUUUUUCUUGCAAGAUAUCGAACGGUAACGUUAAUCAACUAAGUAUAAUUUGUUCACAUUCAUAUAAAAUGCAGGACCCUGGUGAUUUCAGUUGUCUAAUAAAUAAAUCUUACAUUACUAAUUCGUGCUAACAAGGCUUGGUACCGCUAACGUUGGCUAACUCAUACGCAUCUGUCGUUAGGGAGUGUCGCUAAAUAACUUGCUAACGUAGCUAGCUAGCUAGCUAUCACUGUGUUAAAAGUUGUUUAUGCUUGAAUGGAAGUGCUUGCCCCCAAUCAAAGUUAAGCCUCAAUCAGUUAACUUUUCAUGUAUUUUCAAUAGCAGCAUGGUUGUGCAAAAACACUAAGCGUUUCCCGUUUUAGUACCGUUCAUUCAUCCAUCCCCGAAUGAACGGCUAUGCUAAUGGGAAAGAGAGAACAAUGUCAUCGUCUGAAGGAGGGGCUGGCGUUGUCCACCCCUCCUAAUAGAACUGACAGAACAAUUUAUUUUACUUUGAACAGUUUCUGAAUUAUUGUUUCUGGAUUGGUUAACUUCGACAUGUUGAUAGUUACAGUACUUGCAAUAGCUAGCUAAUACUGUAGUUUAGAUGUCCCUGUUUGUAACAUAAUUGGCGGCACCACAGGUCCUAGAGUCAGUGUGGUGUGGCGAAAAAAACAUUCUGGGGCCUGUCGUUUUUCCUUAUUCGGUAACCUUACCAGGUAAAACUCCGGACCUUAUAUGGUGUGACGUGAUUAAUCUGUUGUAAAAAGGUUUAAUAUGGGCUAUGAUGGGACCAGAGUUUUUUUUAUCUCCUGGCUUUAGGGAGGAUGAAAACCUUGUCAAAUUGCAGCAACCUUGUACUUUCUCAUGAAUAAUAUUUAAAAGAAGGACUAUGAAGGUUUCCUAUACAGACACAGAAAGCAACAUGAUUGGACAAUAAAACUCACAGGGCUGAGCUUGCUUUAUGCAGGUUUGCAUUGUGUAGGCCUAAUUUAAAAAUGAACUGUCAGUUAUUGUGUUUAUUGAACAAUUCCAGUUAAUCAUUUUUGAUUGAAAAAGUCUAGGUAGUAAGCCCAAGUUUGAAUAUAAACCAAAUUUGAUCCCAUUCACAUUUUCUCACAAACGAAUGGGCUAUAAAUACACAAUGUUACUGCAUAAUUUAUCCUGGCCAGAGGGACAGUGCAUGCAUGGUAGGCUAGACUACAGCUGCUGUUAGUAGCUUACAGUUGAUCAGACUGAAAAAUAGUAUUGUUUCCAUGUAAUGUCAGAUUGCUAAUGUUUAGGAGUAUAGGCUGCUACAUUAUGUAAGAGUUUUUGCUUGUCUGUCUGGAGUGAUAUCACUCUUGCUAAAUAAAUACAGGAGGAAAGUGGGGAGCGCACUUUGUGCGUUGUCUGGCCCGGACGACCUGUGAUUAUCCAGUGAAUCUGAUUGGUGAAGACGAGCAAAGAGUCUGCAGCAGCACUCUGGUGUGAAGACAAGAGAAAUUCUGCUUGAGUUACAAAUCAUGAGGCAAAUCAGUAUAAAAAAUAGACUUUAACCCUAGGCUUGGGCAGUAUACUGUAUAUACCAUUUACCUGGGUAUUUGGAAAAAGCCAAUGGAUGGUUUUUCAAUACCGUUGAAACUAUUUAUUUGAAGUUAAAUUUAUAAAGAAUAAAAUAUUUGUAGUGGGUUUUUAAGUAAAUACCUGCAGUCAACUUGUGCAGUAUGUUAGAACUGUGGUGCACUAGGGGUCAGCAGGGGGGUCGUGGGGGUCCCAUCCCCCUUUCCUUAAUUUUUUAUUAAAGGAACUCAGUCCGGCUUUAAACUUACUCUUGAAAGUUGUAAUAGUAGAAUGCAUGAGGUGCAAUUUCGAAAUUGGGUAGUGCAUCAUCAGUUCCUCUUGUCAUGUUCAUUGCAUACCUUAGAGCUAUUUAUAACUUGUCAUAAAUGUCCAGAUCAACUAGUCAAUGUCGGCUGUUUUUUUUAAAGGUUUUUAGCCCAUAGAUAUUGUUGUAAUUUGUUUUGUCACCCAAAUAUCACAAAUACACGUUAGACAUGGAAACAUUUAUAGAAUUGCAAGAAAAUUAACUUUAAUUCUGCAACAUUUUCUUUGCACCCCAUGACAAAAUGAAAUAAGCUUUAAAACUGCAAAAUUGUCUCCACCAACAAGAUGGGUGUGAACUUUCUCCUGAACAGUGAUUGUGCCCAUAAAAAAAAUUAGGAGUGGCGCGUGCGGUAUGUUCCCCAAUGCUGGAAGAGGGGCGCGAGUUAAAAUUUUUUGGGAACCCCUGCGUUAGGAGAUUCAGAACAUUGCGUUCUUCAUUUCACCUGUCACAUUAUUAUGAAGCUUAUGGUAGUCCCCAGUCAUGUCACGUGGUGUUUGUUAACAAGCACACAACAAUGAGACAGGAGCCUUGAGUCACUCACUGUUGUGCAUCAUGUGCCAGGUGAUUUUAAUUAAAGUAUGGAAUUCACAACUAGAUGUUUACCAGCUAGGUAUCUCAUAGCUAUUAAGUUAACUGUCUAAAAUGUGCUAAAUGCUCUGCGGUUGUGCAUUUUUGGUUUGCUAAUUUACUAGCUAAUUAGCUAUCUAGCUAAGUGGUUAGCUUCUUCCAAAAUCAAGCAGUUGCUUGGUAACAGCAAAGUCUAGAAUCCCCUCCUAGUUCAAGAGCCUUGCUGGCUAAUAUUUGUUUUGUGCGUGCAGCAAACUGUGAGUAGCAUAUUUUUUUUUUGUUGUUGUAAUGUUGAGUUUCUCCGGUAUCAAGUAAUUCAGGGUGCAAGAGAAGAGUUAAACACUUUAGAUGGAGAGUUGGUACAAAGUAUUUAAUAUUACAGUACCGGAUUCACAUGACAAGCGGGACGUGAGUAGCCUAUUGUCAUUUGAAUGACUUACAUACAAAACCUCUCAGUUUAUAUAAUGCUUUCCGAGCUAAUUCUAUCCAACAGUUGCCAACCAUUAUUGAGUGUCACUCCUCACCUACAAUAGCAUCACCCUAUAUGGUAUCGUGUUGCACCCUAGUCAGUAUAUUCCAUCACGUACUCCUAAGAUUAGCACCAGUGGCCCCAAGCUAUCUUGGCACGCAUACCUUCUGGCACCCACCUUGACAGAAAUAAAUACAUGGGAUGUCCUCAUCCUUCAAAUCCUUAUGCAGCUCACAAUAUCAAACAUGAACUAAUCCUGUUUAAAAGACGUAAUAUCAAUAGUUUAGAUCAGAAACUGUACAAAAUGUUUGCAAUGCGCUCGUUCGCAUUUAGUUAGCAUUCUCUAUAGGAUUUUACAUGUACUUGUUAGCAUUGCUAACCUUUGGAGUACAGAGUCAGUGAGGUUUGAAAACAGCUCCCCUUGUGUUCAGUGCCAGUAGUACCGAAUAUUCCAGUAUGGCACAAGGUUGGUAUGACAUUCUGGAUACCGCCCAAACCUACUUUGCCACUCUUUUAAUACUUUGCAUUGAUAUAUUUUUAUUAAACACGUUUUCCGGCGGCCCUAGUGGCAAGGGAAUCUGCUUUGAUUGUGUUCCUGUGUCUCUUCUGCAGUCAUUGCCGCAUCAUCCAUUGCCAACAUAGUCAAGAGCUCCCUUGGCCCUGUUGGGCUGGACAAAAUGUUGGUGGAUGACAUCGGGGUAAGUACUUGUGCCUGAUUUAUUGUCACUGUCCUUAGUCUGUGUUAGUGUAUGGCCCAUGUACCAUUCAGAUUAUUGACGGAAGAAGUGCUUACUAACGCGCUGUCAUGUUUAGGACGUGACCAUCACCAACGAUGGGGCUACCAUCCUGAAGCUGCUGGAGGUGGAGCACCCUGCAGCCAAGGUGUUGUGUGAACUGGCUGAGCUGCAGGACAAGGAGGUCGGGGAUGGGACCACCUCGGUGGUGAGUAUAGGGCUGUGGCGGUCAUGACAUUUUGUCAACCUGUGAUUGUCAAGCAAAUAACUGCCGGUCUCACUGUAAUUUACCAUUAAUUCAUAUGAACACAUUUAGCAUCUUCUGGCUUCGACUCAUAGUCUACAAGCCACUGGUGCAGACUUUUUGAACAUCUACAUUUGAAAAAGUCUAAUAAAUCCAUUAUUUAUUUUUAGACCAGUCUAAAGAAACAUUAGACCAGUCUAAAGAACAGAAUAGCAUAUUCUGAGUUGUCGUUAUGUAAGGCCCUGAUCUGGCUAUGACAUAUGGCUGUGGGCUAUGCUAAUUAAUUUAGCAGACAAGAUUUGCUUAGAAUUCCGUGGCAUUAUUUUAUAGUAUGAAGAAUGCAAUUGAACAUAGAAAGGAUGUUUUCUCCAUACGAUUUCUGAGGGAGUGCGCACAUGCGGCUAUUCUGUGUUGAGCGGUUAACAAAUUAACAGGUCCUCCUAUAUGCUUAAUUUAGUUUUUUUUUUAUGAAACUUUAGUUGUGAUGCAAACGUUGGGCUGUAUGUUUUGAUAUUUAAUACAUUCUAAGGCUGCAUGAUGCAACUCCUAAUGAUUUGAAAAAAGUUGCUUGAAAGGCAUGAGCUUUGCUUUGUUUCUUGCGCAGGCUGCACACACGGCAUCAGUCUCUCAUUCACAAUUUGACAAGCACUUGAUAAUGCCUUGAAUUUCUGGGCGGCAUCCCCCUAGUGUGGCCGUAAUGCCCCCUAAAAAAAAUCCAUUCCUUUUGUGGCCGUUGUGCCCUUGGGCUGAAUAUAAUAAUUAUAAUUCCCUUCUCCCGGCUGCGUGUUCCAAAGCACCUCUCACUCACAUGGCUCUCAGAUAUCUCAAUUAUUAUUAUUAGCAGCCAAUGCCCGUAAGGUGAUAGAUGCCUGUGAGAAGGACUCGAUCUCAGCUACGAAGUAGGCUACAAGUGAAGACCGACACAUCGGGGACGCAACUGCGCACGUCCUUAUCGAAUUCCGAGUCGCACUUUAAAAGAUGUUAGAACUGUCCCCAUUUGACUUUUCUUCAGCCAACAAGCUGAGUAGGUCUAACGAACAGCAAAAGCACUAGCCUAUGUCAAUCUACUAUCCCCCAUAGUACAAAAAUUGACCUAUUCUAUUGGUCAACUUGUCCUUCUGUGCGAGAAAGUAAUAAUCCAAACAUAGUCUGGGACAGUUGUGGGAUACUAUAGAUCCCAAAUGAAUACAACCACUCGCAUCAAAAAACCUUUUAAAAGCAGUGAGGCUGAUGCAACAGAUAAGAACACUUAGCUUAAAAUGUUGAUCAAUUAUUAGGCUAUUUAUUCACAUUCUAAGCACAGCAAGGCGCACAUGACAGUAGGCUAUAAGCGUAAAUGUUCCAAAAUGCAAUCAAUUAGUGGGAGAACACAAUUCUCAAAAGUGACCACAUGCGAUUAUGCAUGUAAUGCUUUAUUAUAAAGGUGCAUUUUUAUGGUGAAAAUGUAUUUACCCAAAGUUGAAACUCGCAAGCCGCCUAUAUAUGCCAGUUAGACUCUACACCGGUUGUAAAGCGGAUUAAUGUGCUUAAUUUUAAGAAGUUAUUUGGCCACUGAAGUUGUGAUACAAACCUUAUCAAAACAUAUAGGCCUAUAGGCUAGGCUACAUGAGGUGUGGGACUAUGAUUUGAAAAAGUCACAACUUUUUGGUGGUAAUACGUUCACCGUAACAGCCCUAGGUGAUUACUACCAACAGCUGCUCAGGUCAAGGGAAAGGAGCUAUGGCCACUGACAAUGUUACAGCUUCUGAAUUAGUCCUAGCUGAAAGACCACCUACAAAAUGUUAGAUUUCAAUUUCCUCAAUGCAAGACGAUCAAGCAAUCAUCAUUAGGUAAAGGUUGGACUGAACCUGCUUAUUCACACUAGUGGUUCAAAUGACCUGGUUCCUGGUAUUAGUGCACAUUAGCCUAUCUUCCUCCUCCACAGAUGUUCGGCUAUGCUAGCAGGAUAGAGAGACUGCCCGUCAUUGUCUAAAGGGGUUGGACAGCCUCCAUAUGAAAUGACUGCUUUUUUAUAACAAAAUAUUUGGGUGUCUUUUUCAUAAAUCAUCUUCCCUGGCUUGUUCAUAACUUUCUUUCCUUUUGUUGUUUUAUAGGUGAUCAUUGCAGCAGAGUUGCUGAAGAGCGCAGAUGAACUGGUGAAGCAGAAGAUCCACCCCACGUCAGUCAUCAGUGGAUACCGUCUGGCCUGCAAGUAAGAAUCUAAAUCUGUCCGUUUUCCCCAAUGUUAUGAACAUGACAUUUAUGGAUGGUCAGCCUUUUGAGAUCAUUUUUCCCUCCACACUCCUGGUUUAGAAGUACAGGGUUGUUUGCCUUUGUGUUGCCUGUCUCCAGAGUGAAUGAGGUGGCAAUCAAGGCAUACAGUGCAUUUGGAAAUAUUCAGACCCCUUUUGUUACAUUACAGCCAUAUUCUAAAAUUGAUUAAAUAAAAAUGUUCCUCAUCAAUAUACACAAUACUCAAUGACAAAGCGAAAACAUGUUUUUAGAUACUUGUUUGUGCUAAUUUAUAAAUAAUAAAAACAGGGAUACCUUAUUUCCAUAAGUAUUCAGACCCUUUGCUAUGAGACUUGAAAUUGAGCUCAGGUGCAUCCUGUUUCCAUUGAUCAUCCUUGAGAUGUUUCUACAACUUGAUUGGAGUCCACCUGUGGUAAAUUCAAUUGAUUGGACAUGAUUUGGAAAGGCACACACCUGUCUGUAUAAGGUCCCACAGUUGACAGUACAUGUCAGAUCAAAAACCAAGCCAUGAGUUCGAAGGAAUUGUCCGUAGGAAAGGACUGACCAUGAGAAACAAGAUUCUCUGGUCUGAUGAAACCAAGAUUGAACUCUUUGGCCUGAAUGUCAAGUCUGGAGGAAACCAGGAACCGUCCCUACGGUGAAGCAUGGUGGUGGUGGCAGCAUCAUGCUGUGGGGAUGUUAUUCGGGGACUGGGAGAGUAGUCAGGAUCGAGGGAAAGAUGAACGGCGCAAAGUACAGAGAUCCUUGAUGAAAGCCUGCUCCAGAGCGCUCAGGACCCCUGACUGGGGUGAAUGUUCACCUUCCAACAGGACAACAACCCUAAGCACACAGCCAACACAGGAGUGGCUUUGGGAAGUCUCUGAAUGUCCUUGAGUGGCCCAGCCAGAGCCCGGACUUGAACCCGAUCGAACAUCUCUGGAGACAACUGAAAAUAGCUGUGCUGCGACGCUCUCUAUCCAACCUGACAAUUUGAGAGGAUCUGCAGAGGAAAAAUGGGAGAAACUCCACAAAUACAGGUGUGCCAAGCUUGUAGCGUCAUACCCAAGAAGACUCUUCUAUAAUCGUUGCCAAAAGGUGCUUCAACAAAGUACUGAGUAAAGUGUCUGAAUACUUUAUGUAAAUGUAAUAUUUCAAUGUUUUAUUUUAAAUAAUUAGCAAAACAUUCUACCCCUGUUUUUGCUUUGUCAUUAUGGGGUAUUGUGUGUAGAUUGGGCAAAUAACUUUAAUCCAUUUUAGAAUAAGGCUGUAACGUAACAAUGUGAGGUCAAGCGGUCUGAAUACUUUCCGAAUGCACUGUGUAUACAUCUCUCUUGUGGUUGUCUUUGGAAGGAGUCACCACUGAUUCCUUUCAGUGAGAACAUUUGCAAGAACACACAACUGUAGCUAGCAAUUUAUAGAACUAAUGUGAAAACAAAUUGGGAUUUAAUUAGAGCUGUGUUUCUGUGAAUGUAGGAGAAUUUGUUGGCAUUAAUAACGUUAACUGAUCUGUGUUAAUUCAUAAAGCAACCAGUUGGGGGAGUGAAUGUUUAUUUACGAUCUGACUUGUCUGUCAGCUUUGAUUGUAUUUUGAGUGGAUGUUUUUGUAUAUGAAGAAAAAGCACAAAUGCUGUGUCUUUGGCUAGAGGGGAAUCUUCUGCUGGUUCUCCACAGCAAGGCCGAACCAGGCUGAACUGUGAAAUCCCUCAUUCUGUAACACAGAGCUCCUAACAGAUCUUUCCCACCAGGGAGGCAGUGCGCUACAUCAAUGAGAACCUGACCAUUGCAACAGACGACCUGGGCAGGGAGUGUCUGGUCAACGCAGCCAAGACCUCCAUGUCCUCCAAGAUCAUCGGAGUGUAUCCUUUCUUCCUGCUAACUGACUAGCCUGAAACCUCUCCUUCCAAUGCAUAUCGAUCUGUGAUUUUGCUAUAAAGGAUCACACAACAAGUAAGAAAGGUAUUCUCCUGGUAGCUUUGGUUGAGUUUCUGCUCGAUCCGCAGACGUUGCACAAUAGUUGCGUGCCAUGUAAUCUACUGUAUAGUCGGGCAUCAGAUUGUUCUAUCAUGUGGUUAGCUGAUCUGUUAAAUACCUAUCCAGGUGUUGUAAGGUCUGGCAUGCGUCUGCAAUGUAGUUGGGCAGGAACACGACCAAAAGCUGUGAAAUACUACUUCUGUCCCAUAGAAAAGCUUGAAUCCUUGACCUGUGAUCCUUCAGUGACGCAAACUUCUUUGCCAACAUGGUGGUGGAUGCUACUCUGGCAGUGAAGUUUGUGGAUCAGAAGGGUGUGGCGAGGUACCCCAUCAACUCGGUCAAUGUGCUUAAAGCCCACGGACGCAGCCAGAAGGAGAGCUAUCUGGUCAACGGAUACGCACUCAACUGCACCGUAGGGUCUCAAGGUACGUUUGUGUAAGCAGCUGCCGACAUUUCUGAAUUUUUAUGCAACAGACAUCCAUGAAUGCGUCGCUAUAAUAUAUAAAUAUUUCCGACGCUAUAUAAUGUAUUGUUCAGUAGAUCUACAAUGUAAUGUGUUUUUCCUGAUUUAUGUUACAUAUGCUAUCACAUUGCUGGGUGGGUGGGAGUAAAAAAUAUAUAUAUUGUAUGAAAAAAUAACUAAAUAUGAAGAUGGAGUAAUUGCGUGGGAUAGGUUUACCUUGACCAUGGAUAAGUGUCGGUCUUGUCUAGUGGUGUGAUUACUGGGUCUGGUCCCCUUGUAGGAAUGGUGAAGCGUUUGGUCAACGCCAAGGUGGCCUGUCUGGACUUCAGCCUGCAGAAGACCAAGAUGAAGAUGGGAGUCCAGGUCCUCAUAAAUGACCCUGAGAAACUAGACCAGAUCAGACAGAGGUGUGUUGGACUCUGGCACUAGUGCGCGCACAUCACACCACAGUGUCUGAGGCUAUUUGUAUGAGACCUACUGUUUAAGAUAGCCUUGCCACAUGCAUGACAAUGUAAGACUAUGCCCAUUUUAAAUUUGCUGCUAUACUUGCUCAGUGGUGUAAGCAGUGAUACGCGUGGGAGAAAGCAUGCUGGCCCAGAGUUAAGGCUACAGCUCUUCCCUGAGCUGUAAAACAACUCCUAUUGGCUGGACAAGUUAUUUUCAUAGACUAAUUUGUUCAUGCACUCUGUGGCAUCUUGGGCGGCGCUCAAUUGGCCCAGUGUCAUUCGGGUUAGGGGAGGCCAGGGUAGGCCAUCAUUGUAAAUAAUAUGUUUUUUCUUAACUGGCUUGCCUAGUUAAAUAAAUAGUCUUCAUCACAGCUUGAGACACAUUUACACAGGGUUUGUACAACAAGACCCACACACAGGGCUAUGGGGGUCAUGACAUUUUGUCAGCCCGUGAUUGCCAUGCAAUUAACUUACGGUCUCACGCUAAUUAACAAACACGUUAAGCAUCUCCUGGCUUCUACUCAUAGCCUACAAGCCACUGAUGCAGACCUUUGCAACAUCUACAUUUUAUAAGUUUAAUAAAUCAAUUUUAAUAUAGCCUACACAAUCACAAUAAAUCCAUUAUUUUAGACCAGUCUAAAGAAACAUAUGGGAUAUUUUUUUGUGUGCCUAUUUCAGAAGAAUAGCAUAUUCUGAGUUAUGUUAGGCCCUGAUCUGGCUGUGCCAUAUGGCUGUGGGCUAUGCUAGUUAAUUUAGCAGACAAGAAUUGCUUAGAAUUCCGUGGCAUUAUUUUUAUAGUGAGGAUUACAAUCCAAUUGAACAUAGCUGAAUAAAAUAGGAAGUAUAUUUUCCCCAAACAAUUUCCAAGGGAGUGAGCUUAUUCGGCUUUUGUGUUGAGUGGUUAACAAAGAAACGGGUCCUCCUAUAUGCUUAAUUUAGUUUAUUUAUCCAACUUUAGUUGUGAUCCAAACGUUAGCCGAUAUGUUUAGAUUGUUUAUACAUGCUAAGGCUGCGAUGAUGCGACUAAUGAAAAAAGUUGCAUGAGUCCUGAUCUGGUCUUGUGUAGGCUGCACACAUUUCAUCACUGUCAUUCACAAUUUGAUUUGACAAGCACUUGGAAAUAUUCUCACCCAUCAGACUAUUCUCAAUUUAUUCUGGUCUUUGCAUAUAGCCUACUAAUGUGUGAAAUUAUUUUUGAUUUAGAAUGGCCUACAAAAAGUAAUCCGUAGCUAAUGGCAAAUGGAGAUUACUUGCGGUUACGUUAAUAUGCAAGCAUAGGCGGCGUGUCCAUAAGGCUAGGGGAAGCUUCCCCUAAAGUAAAUUGAAUGAAAUUGCCAAAAUUAUACAGCCUAAUUAGUCUAUUCCCGUCUAUACAGAAACAAAUAAAAUCAUUUAAAAUAGGCUGCUAAAGCAUGGUUUGGCCACAGGAUCAUGUAGCUUUUUAAUAAAAAAAUGUGUUGUUGUUUCAAAUCCCAUUGCCUACAGUCGGAAGGAAAGGCAGCCCCACAAUUUGGGCAGAUUAUUGUUGAGUUGCGACAGUCUGUAAAAAGUAGAGGCCCAGCCAGGCAUAUCGCAAUAUUUCAAAAUACAAUUGGUGUUAAACACAGUUUGGAAAGCCAAUGGUUAUUUUUGUAAAGGGAAGACAAUGAAAAUACUAAUCUGUUUUAGUUAUCUAAAUUCUAAACUUAAUUGAGGGAACAACAGUAUAGCCUAUCUUAUUGGCACCAGCGGAGAGCAUCCACAAUAUCCCCGGUGAUUUUGCACUGUGCGUAUAUUUACUAUUCAUCAUUGUUGGGUUCAGUUCUACUUAAGUUUGUUUUUGGACAAUUUCCUCCUCCAGUUUAGAUGUACGUCAUAUUCCAUUUGUCUCCCCUUCUCGUAGGCCUAUUAUAUGGACAACGUCAUUUGUUUUUAUUGAUCUGUUUGUCAGUGUUAGCAGAGUAAGCUACCCUGUCAUUUGUCUUAUUCAAAAAUAUUCUGCAGUCAUAUAAAGUGUAGUAGAAUUGCAUGAAAUGUGUUUAUAAAAGGCCACAUUUUUCCCAUGCAAAGAAAGAAGAAACUAAUCUGAUAUAGCCUAGGCCUGCUAUAUGCGCUCAGCCAUACGUUGAACGGUAUUUUUCACAAACAGUGAUUAAGUUAUAUUAUUAGCCUAAAUUAUGACUAUCCAAUCUACUCAUCACAUUACAAAUAGGCUAUUUUACAUAGUCUGCAAAUUUGCUUCCCCAAACUUGAAACUUGUAUGACCAGUAGGCUACAACGGUUGUAAAGUUGAUUUAAUGUGCUUCAUUUUAAGAAUUGAGCAAUAAAUGUAGCAGCACAAGAAAGCUGGGAUCCUCUUUUAAAUGGUGGCCAGUCAAAACUCUGUUUUCACACAUGAUUGUGCAAUGACUGGGCUUAUAAGAACACGUUUCACUGGGCUCUGUAGACUAUGUGCUCUCCAACUGUGUUCCAGGGGUCCUAGGCCUACAGUGCAUUGGGUAAAUAUUCAGACCCCUUGACUUUCCACAUUUUGUUACAGCCUUAUUCUAAAAUUGAUUUUUUUUUAUCCUCAUCAAUCUACACACAAUACCCCAUAAUGACUAAGCAAACAGUUUUCUAUUGAUAAACUUAUGCAAAUUUGUAAAAAAUAAAAUAACUGAAGUUUCAUUUACAUAAUUAUUCAGACCCUUUACUCAGUACUUUGUUGAAGCACCUUUUGGCAGUGAUUACAGCCUUGCGUCAUCUUGGGUAUGACGCAAGGCUGUAUUUGGGGAGUUUAUCCCAUUCCUCUCUACAGAUCCUCUCAAGCUGUUUCAGGUCUCUAGAGAUGUUCGAUCGGGUUAAAGUCCGGGCUCUGGCUGGGCCACUCAAGGACAUUGAGAGGCUUGUCCCGAAGCCUCUCCUGCGUUGUCUUGGCUGUGUUCUUAGUGUCGUUGUCCUGUUGGAAGGUGACCCUUCACCCCAGUCUGAGGUCCUGAGCGCUCUGGAGCAGGUUUUCAUCAAGGAUCUCUCUGUACUUUGCUCCGUUUAUCUUUCCCUCAAUCCUGACUAGUCUCCCAGUCCCUGCUGCUGAAAAAAUCCCCACAGCAUGAUGCUGCCACCACCAUGCUUCACCGUAGGGAUGGUAUUGGCCAGGUGAUGAGCGGUGCCUGGUUUCCUUCAGAUGUGACGCUUGGCAUUCAGGCCAAAUCUUCGUUUCAUCAGACCAGAGAAUCUUUCUCCUGGUCUGAGUCCUUCAGGUGCCCUUUGGCAAACUCCAGGCGGGCUGUUAUGUGCCUUUUACUGAGGAGUGGCUUCUGUCUGGCCACUCUACCAUAAAGGCCUGAUUGGUGUAGUGCUGCAGAGGUGGUUGUCCUUCUGAAAGGUUCUCCCAUCUUCACAGAGGAACUCUGGAGCUCUGUCAGUGACCAUCGGGUUCUUGGUCACCUCCCUGAGCAAGGCCGUUCUCCCUCUAUUGCUCAGUUUGGCUGGGCGGCCAGCUCUAGGAAGAGUCUUGGUGGUUCCAAACUUCUUCCAUUUAAGAAUGAUGGAGGCCCUUCCCCAGAUCUGUGCCUCGACACAAUCCUGUCUCGGAGCUCUACAAACAAUUAUUUCGACCUCAUGGCUUGGUUUCUGCUCUGACAUGCACGGUCAACUGUGGGACCUUAUAUAGACCGGUGUGUGCCUUUUUCAAAUAAUAAAUAAUAAUAAUAUGCCAUUUAGCAGACGCUUUUAUCCAAAGCGACUUAGUCAUGCGUGCAUAGAUUUUUGUGUAUGGGUGGUCUCGGCAUCAUGUCCAAUCAAUUGAAUUUACUACAGGUGGACUCCAAGUUGUAGAAACAUCUAGGAUGAUCAAUGGGAACAGGAUGCACCUGAGCUCAAUUUCGAGUCUCAAAGCAAAAGGUCUGAAUACUUAUGUAAAUACACUUAUUUUAAUUUUUUUCACCUGUUCGCUUUGUCAUUAUGGGGAAUUGUGUGUUGCCUGGCUUGCUAGGUUGACAUUUACUUAAUUCAUUUUUAAACGGACGGCUUUAUUGGUGUUAAAAUAGUGUUAUUUGGAGCACCGGGCUGCUGAUGUCAUGCAGUCUUUCAUUUUGUGUAUACGCGUUUGAUGUCGGACAACAAAUGUCAAUGUUUCUACGACAAUUGUCUACAGACAUGUUGAUAGACGGACUGUAAACCAGCCUUAGACUGCACACACUGGGCAUCAUUCACAAGUGAUAAUAUUGUCAUCUAUCAGACUAUUCUCAAUUUAAUAUUGUCUUUACAUAUACUAAAUAAUGUGUAAAAUUUAGUUUUGAUUUAUAAUGGACCAUUAUCAUGCACCUGUCGGAACAGGGGCAUGGGGAAAAAUGCAUGUCAUCUAUGCACUUAAAUAGCGAAUGGCAGACGCUUUUACCGUGGUUCAUUUUCAUGCCAGCCAGGUAGGCUAUAUUCCUGUUGUAAAGCAUAGCAAUGUGCUUAAUAUUAGGAAAGUUGAUAAAUAAAUAUAGUAGGCCUAGCCUAUAGAAAGCUGAUGGGAUCCUCUUUUUAAGAGGCUGUCGACUGUUCUCACGCAAUUGCAUAGCCUAUAGAGAUGUUGCUCAUUAAGUGUUUGAUUUCAUUUUUGAUUGCAUUGGCAUUUGUCCGAGUGAUUUAGAGGGACAAUGGAGCGCUGAGUACCAGGCCAUUAUCGACUGGCAGUUAUCAAGUUUGGUAGGCUAUUAAUGACCGUCGGCAGCAUUAGAGCUCAGUUUUGGAGAAGCCUAGUUACCGUGACUAAACGGUUACGUGGAAUUUGACUAAUGGUCUUACCCACACACAGAAUGGCAAAAGUGCAUAAAGAUGGAGUAAUUCAGAAAUGACGUUCUUUUAGCACUACCCCCAGUUCUUAAACUACGGCACGCAUCAUGGUUGAAUGUGCCAGUAAAUCAGCACAAUCUACUUUUUCGUAUUUUCAAAUUGCUACCAUCUUGGAGCUAGAUGGCUUGCGAAAGUAUUCACUCCCCUUGCCAUUUUUCCUAUUUUGUUGCCUUACAACCAGGAAUUAAAAUGGAUUUUUGGGGGGUUUGUAUCAUUUGAUUUAUACAACAUGCCUACCACUUUGAAGAUGCAAAAUAUUUUUUAUUGUCUAGCCCCUGGGACUUUUGCCCGUUCUUCAAGGCAAAACUGCUCCAGCUCCUUCAAGUUGGAUGGUUCCACUGGUGUACAGCAAUCUUUAAGUCAUACCACAGAUUCUCAAUUGGAUUGAGGUCUGUGCUUUGAAUAGGCCAUUCCAAAACGUUUAAAUGUUUCCCCUUAAACCACUCAAGUGUUGCUUUAGCAGUAUGCUUAGGGUCAUUGUCCUGCUGGAAGGUGAACCUCUGUCCCAGUCUCAAAUCUCUGGAAGACUGAAACAGGUUUCUCAAGAAUUUCCCUGUAUUUAGUGCCAUCCAUCAUUCCUUCAAUUCUGACCAGUUUCCAGUCCCUGCCGAUGGGAAAAACAUACCCACAGCAUGAUGCUGCCACCACCAUGCUUCACUGUGGGGGAUGGUGUUCUCGGGGUGAUGAGAGGUGUUGGGUUUGCACCAGACAUAGCGUUUUCCUUGAUGGCCAAAAAGCUCAAUUGUAGUCGCAUCUAACUAGAGUACCUUCUUCCAUAUGUUUGGGGAGUCUCCCACAUGCCUUUUGGCGAACACCAAAUGUGUUUGCUUAUUUUUUUCUUUAAGCAAUGGCUUUUUUCUGGCCACUCUUCCGUAAAGCCCAGCUCUGUGGAGUGUACAGCUUAAAGUGGUCCUAUGGACAGAUACUCCAAUCUCCGCUGUGGAGCUUUGCAGUUCCUUCAGGGUUAUCUUUGGUCUCUUUGCCUCUCUGAUUAAUGCCCUUCUUGCCUGGUCUGUGAGUUUUGGUGGGCGGCCCUCUCUUGGCAGGUUUGUUGUGGUGCCAUAUUCUUUCAAUUUUUUAAUUAUGGAUUUAAUGAUGCUCCGUGGGAUGUUCAAAGUUUCUGAUAUUUUUUUAUAACCCAACCCUGAUCUGUACUUCUUCACAACUUUGUCCCUGACCUGUUUGGAGAGCUCCUUGGUCUUCAUGGUGCAGCUUGCUUGGUGGUGCCCCUUGCUUAGUGGUGUUGCAGACUCUGGGGCCUUUCAGAACGUGUGUAUAUAUACUGAGAUCAUGUGACACUUAGAUUGCACACAGGUGGACAUUAUUUAACUAAUUAUGUGACUUCUGGAGGUAAUUGGUUGCACCAGAUCUUAUUUAGGGGCUUCAUAGCAAAAGGGGGUGAAUACAUGCAUCACCACUUUUCCAUUAUUUAUUUUUUUAGAAUUUGAAACAAGUUUUUUUUCAUUUCACUUUACCAAUUUGGACUACUUUGUAUGUCCAUUGCAUGAAAUCCAAAUAAAAAUCCAUUUAAAUUACAGGUUGUAAUGCAACAAAAUAGGAAAAACGCCAAGGGGGUUCAAUACUUUUGCAAUGCUAAUGACGAUACAAAAAAAGUGUAACGGAGAGCAAUUUACAUUACAGCGAACUUAGCAAAUGAGUCAUUUGUGGUAAGUAAAUGGGGGCCCGCCAUCUUUAUGCAUGUCCGCUAUUACACAAUGACAGGUCUUCAUGUUGAUUUUGCUGUUCCAGGGAGUCUGACAUCACCAAGGAGAGGAUCCAGAAGAUUCUGGCAUCGGGUGCUAAUGUCAUCCUGACAACCGGGGGCAUCGAUGACAUGUGCCUCAAGUACUUUGUGGAUGUGGGUGCCAUGGCGAUCAGGAGGGUCCUCAAGAGGGACCUCAAACGCAUCGCCAAGGCAACGGGAGGUAAGCCACACACAUUUACUUUUUGAUAAAUGUGUCAAUUGUUAUCAGGUCAAGUUCUGAAACUGGCCUCGGUUAAUGCUCCUUUUUUUUCCUCAAUGAGUGAUCGAUACUAUUUUCCGAAAGCAGCAAUGUUUUUCAGUUAACUUGUGACCCAGUAUUUAGUAGUUUUUGUUCUGUUGUUCCUCAGCCACCAUCUGCCCAUCACUUUCUAACCUGGAGGGAGAGGAGACUUUUGAGACUACCAUGUUGGGCCACUGUGAGGAGGUGGUGCAGGAGCGUGUGUGUGACGACGAGCUCAUCCUGGUCAAAAAGUAAGAACAGGAGCUGAAGUCAUCUUAUUCUUAUUUACAGUGAUGUGGCGCUUAUCCAAAACCUUAUUACAUAUCUUUGAAAAUGUUUUGCUUUAGCACAUUACUUAUUUGUACUAUUUUUGUUUAUUUUCUUCCUCUUUUUGGCUUUCUCUCCUUGUUGCUAUUCUUGUCCCCAUCUUUCCCUUCACUCUCCCUCUUCCCUCUGUUCCUCUCUCAGUACCAAGGCCCGUACCUGCGCCUCUAUCAUCCUGCGUGGGGCCAAUGACUUUAUGUGUGACGAGAUGGAGCGGUCCCUGCAUGAUGCUCUGUGUGUGGUCAAAAGGGUGCUGGAGUCCAAGUCAGUUGUACCAGGGGGUGGUGCUGUGGAGGCAGCCCUGUCCAUCUACCUGGAGAACUAUGCCACUAGCAUGGUAAGGAAAUGGACCAUAGGAAUCACUGCUUCCUCAUCUCUCUUUCCUGAGAGCAUCUAGAUGGGAUCAGUGGGCUUUUGGAACCCACUCAAGUAAUUUUUUUCAUCUGGAAAACCCCUUUUUUCAAAAAAUUUAAGAUGUGGAUUGUCCUAAAUGACCAACAUGGGGGUAGAGCAGUUCUCUCAUAAACCUGUAGUGAAGACUAAAACCUCUCUGCGGAUCCUGUCGGAAGAAACCACUUGAUACACUAGUUAAUCUUUUAAAUUAGUUUAAUGACUAGGUUUUUUACUUUGGUCACAGGUGGCCAGUCUUAAAAAUAUUGUUUAGCGUGAUAUUCAAUUGUUAAUCUGUAAAUGUCUUGUCCGUUCCCAGGGUUCCCGUGAGCAGCUGGCCAUAGCAGAGUUUGCCCGCUCCCUCCUGGUCAUCCCCAAGACCCUCGCUGUGAACGCAGCUCAGGACUCCACCGACCUGGUCGCCAAGCUCAGAGCCUUCCACAAUGAGGCCCAGGUCAACCCCGAACGCAAGAACCUUAAAUGGUUAGUGUGCCACACAUCACUAGCUUUGAAUUUCAACAUAUGUUUGUGUUGAUCCCUGUCAAGUUGAGGUCACUUGCAGUCUUAAUUUUAGAAGAUUCCAUUAGAUUCUCUGGUACUUUUGUAUACUUUUUAGCCAGUAGUUCUGAAAGUAGUGCUCACGAGCCAAAAGUGGUUCCUGAAAAUUGUGUACUAUGUCACAUACGUGCACCACGUCAUUGUGCUCUCUCGCUCUGCUGUGUGUAUGAUGUGCAUUUUGCUAGUUGUCACUCAAAUGGCUAGGGGGCUGAAGCUCAUUGGUUGCUAGGGGGAUGGCCCACAUGGGGGAAAAUGGACAGCACAGCUUCCAGAAAAAGUUGCUUUCAAACUAGGGAUUUCGUGGCUAAUUGAGGUAAGACUAGACGCAGAUUUACAGACUGGCAAUUCAUGCAGCUUUUGUAUUCUGAUCAUAGUUUUGAUCAUGGAAAUCACAACUUGAUGGCAGUAGCUAACUAGCAAAGCUAAAGGGAUUGCAAACAGGUUAGCAUAACUUGAGCCCAACAUUUUUUUUUUUCUAAAUAAGCUAGCUGGCAAGCAUUUGAAGCCAGGCUAGGAACUUAUUUCCUCCGUUAAUGAAAAAAGGUGCCCCUCACUCCGAAAAUAUGUUUUCUGGAGACUUGUGGGCUGAGUGCUGAUUACGUCGCCCACUGUAUGUGCUUUUGGUAGCCUGAUUUGCGUCCAGACUGAGAAAUCCGCACACAAUGUGUCCCUGACCCACCUGAAGUGGUCAGCCAAAUUUGAACACAAUGGGACUUUUGUGCAUCUAGACCUGUCUUUUUAACGCAAUUUUCUGUAUUCUGAUAAAGUAGCAUGUGUCAAGUGUAGACACAGCCAUAGAUUAUACAUGUAUGAACCACACUGACACAUCCAGCCCAACGUGGGAAGUUUAAAAAAUACUUAGUAGCCAAAGUCCGGCUUAUUUCUUUAAGCUUGAGAUAAGGUUGAUCAAGUUUUGCCACAAGGAUGUGACAUUCCCAUUUUAAAUUUGCUGCUAGACUUGCUCAGUGGUGUAUGCAGUGAUAAGUGUAGUACAAAGCAUGCUGGCCCAGAGUAAAGACUGCAGCUUUUCCCUGAGCUGUAGUGCCACUACUCUGGGCUGGACAACAUUGAAUGGCGCAAUGGUGUGUGUUCCUUCUGUGUUGGUAUCAGUUCAUCACGGCUUAAAGGGAUACUGCGAGCAAUGCUACCGUACCUGUAGACUUCGUCAUUGCGCUAACGCUUGUUAGCAUUGGCUCGCGAAACUACCGCUAACGUCCUUCAUAAUGCAUGCAGAAACAAAAUGGUAUCUUUAAGUUUAUCUGAAUGCCAGAACCUCGCAAUAUCCCUUUAAUACAUGGUUGUGAACCCAUUGAGCUGCAGUUGUAGCAGUGCCUGCAGUUUCCAAUGUAGUAACUCUACAUUGAUGUUGGAUCUGUUUCUCAUCUCUAAACCUCUCCUCUCCCAUAAAGGAUUGGUCUGGACCUGGUGAACGGUAAGCCCCGUGACAACAAGCAGGCGGGAGUGUACGAACCCACUAUGGUUAAGACCAAGAGCCUCAAGUUCGCCACCGAGGCCGCCAUCACCAUCCUCCGUAUCGAUGACCUCAUCAAGUUGUUCCCAGACCAGAAGGAAGGCGGGCCUUCGUACCAGGAUGCCGUCGCAUCGGGACAGAUGGAUGGAUAAAGGUUCCGAAAUCUAUUAUCGGAAUGUUUCUUCGAUCCCAACUGUGGUUCUGGUCCGCUUGGCUUUAUCUAUUUAUACAUUUUCUUGGCUGUUCCGUCAGUGUCUGUCAUAGACUGUGCACUUAGCUUGUUUACUUUCCUGUAUUCCCAUGGGGCAACCUGUUACCGUGGGAACUGUAACUGAUUCUUUUGGACACUCACAAAUAAACCUGAUGGUUGUAGAUUACUGAUUUAACUCA